CGACAUCCCCUAGCUAAACUUUAAUUUAUGACAACAAACUCUACAACUAAUAUUAUCAUUGGUGCCAUUAUCCACCUUCUUGUUCUUAUCUAGUCUUACAUUACGCAUACAUUUUAAAAGCGUCAGCAUCCUUGAAUUUCUCACAUUCUCUUCCUUCUUUUUCUUCCUCAACAACUGUAUCUCUCUCCUCUUUUCUCUCUGUUUUUCCUCUGUUUUUCUUACUCUGCUUUCACAUUUCCCCUCAGAAAAAAAAAAUGGGUUCUGAAGGAAGAAACAUUCUAGUUACAGGAGGAGCAGGUUUCAUUGGUACACACUGUGUUCUUGUACUACUUAAACAAGGAUUUCGGGUUGUUAUUAUUGAUAAUCUCGAUAAUUCUGUUGAAGAAGCUGUUAAUCGGGUCAGAGAAUUAGCGGGUCCUGAAUUAACCCAAAACCUUGAAUUUCAUUUGGGUGAUCUCAGAAAUAAGGAUGAUGUUGAGAAGCUAUUUUCUGAGAACAAUUUUGAUGCUGUAAUUCACUUUGCUGGAUUAAAGGCUGUGGGUGAGAGUGUUGCACAUCCAUUCCGCUAUUUUGAUAAUAAUUUGAUUGGAUCAAUCAAUUUAUACCAAACUAUGGCCAAAUACAACUGUAAGAAGUUGGUGUUUUCAUCAUCAGCUACAGUUUACGGCCAGCCUAAGGAAAUCCCAUGUGUAGAAGAUUUUGAAUUGAAGGCUAUGAAUCCUUAUGGCCGAACCAAGCUGUUCCUUGAAGAAAUUGCCCGAGACAUAUCAACUGCAGACAAAGAAUGGAGCAUAAUUUUGUUGAGGUACUUCAACCCUGUUGGGGCUCAUGAGAGUGGGAGACUUGGUGAAGAUCCUAAGGGUAUCCCGAACAACCUUAUGCCUUACAUACAGCAGGUUGCUGUUGGGCGACUGCCUGAGCUCAAUGUCUACGGCACUGACUACCCUACAAGGGAUGGUACAGCGAUUCGUGAUUACAUCCAUGUGAUGGACUUAGCUGAUGGUCAUGUUGCUGCUUUAAGGAAGCUGUUUACUGCAAAGAAUAUAGGUUGUGAUGCCAUUAACUUGGGAACAGGUCAUGGUGCUUCCGUGCUUGAAAUGGUUCAGGCAUUUGAGAAGGCCUCAGGAAAGAAAAUUCCAAUUAAAAUGUGUCCUAGAAGAUUAGGAGAUGCAACUGAAGUAUAUGCCUCAACCGAGAAAGCUGCAAAAGAACUCGGCUGGAAGGCAAAAUACGGCAUAAACGAUAUGUGUAGAGACCAAUGGAAAUGGGCAAGCAGCAAUCCAUGGGGCUACCAAGGCAAACCUUAAAACAAUAUGGUACGAGUAUAGAAGUAAUGAAAGAGUUCCAAAGAUUUAUACCCAAGUGCCAAAGAUUUAUCAAGUGUUCAAAAAGCUCCUAUUGAUAUUUUUUUUUCUUCCUAUGAUGUGCUACAAUUUUGUUAAAGUGCACUUGUGAUUUUCAGAAAGUAAAUAUAUGCGCUAUUUUCCUGCACUUUUUUUCUGGUUCAAAGAAUCAAAAGUGUAUCAAGUUGAUGUUGUUGCGACUCACUCAUAAUUAAGAAAUAGAUAUAUGCGCUAUUUUUACUCCUCCAAA